AUGGCAGCCGCAGACGAGGCGGACUGUCCCCCGGAGCCCGGUCCCAGUCCCCCGCAGAUGGCGCAUUCUGGGCGGCCAAACUUCGUGUCUUUCUCCGAGAGCGUGCAGCCGGCCGUGGGCAUGAUGAGCCAGCUGCUGGCGCAGCCUUCGCUGAAGUUUGAUAAAAACAUCAAACAGGCCUUCUACAACACGGGGGCCAUGAUCUUCGUGUUGAUCUGCUGCGGGGCGGCAGUGCUGGUCUUCUUCAUCCUGGAGGCCUUCCUCAGACCCCUGCUCUGGGCCACUCUCUGCGGGACCUUCCUUCACCCCUUCAAGCACUCCUUGGCCCACCUGGGCCGCUCCUGGCUCAACGGGCUUCAGGACACCGGGACCCCCAUAGUGCUGGGCACGCUGCUGGUGCCAGUGUGGUGUGUGAACCAUGGGGUGGACGCGAUGGGCCGCCUGGUCAUGCAGAGACUGACGGUCCUGCUGGUGAUCGGGGCUGGAGCUCCUCUGCUCUACUGCGUCUACCUGUUCUGGAGCGUGGUGGGAAUGCAGGUGGUCCUGGGACACUUCUGCGGGGUGGUCGGGGCUGUGCUGGACUGUUUCCACCUGGUGUGGGUGGGUACUGUGGUGGUGGGGUACCUCUUGGCCGUGUGCUUUAAGUGGAGUCCCAGUACAGAGAAUUACCUGAGGGCCCUGGCUCUGCCGGUCUGGGCUGUGCUGCUCUUCUACAUCGUGUCACUUACAGGUUCUUGGAAAGUUUUCUUAUUUGUGGUUGUCGUCGUGCUCCUCAUCGUGGGCUCUCAAGAGAAGCCCCCUGUUCCUGGCAAAGGGGAGUUGCCAGGGCAGAUGCUGUCGUUUGCAGCCAACACUAUUUACAUGGCGAUCUCAUGUAGCAAUCUGCAGCCGAAAACUGAGCCGGGAGCAGCAUGUACAACAGAUGGUAUAGAAUCCCUGGGUCCUAGUACCAUCCCGCCCACCCCCAGCCGCCCUCGCACAGUGCGCCCCCUCCCCGGAGGCCUGUUCCAGAAGGACAAGAGCGCCCACAAGGCCAGCGACAUCUACUUCAUCCUCCUGGUCUGGGCCAUCGUCCUGGUGCAGAUCUGGCUCAACCUGUGGAUCCUGCAGCUGCUGCCCAUUCCCGUCGCAGUGUACGUCCUGAAGAAGCUGGUGGUCCACUUUGGCCUGAAGAGCUUCCUGGAGCGUACGCUGAGCUCGUGGUGGUCUGUGGUGGAAGGCUUUGGACGAGAGCGAGAGGAGGCGCUGCUGCCUGGGCCAAUCAAAGGCCUGGCCCAGUUCUUACUGCGAGUGGACACCAAGAUGGUUGUGUGGUUGGAGCGAUCGCUGGAUAAAAUCAUCAGCAUCUUCAUCAUAUUCCUCCUGGUGAUGGGCACACUGCUGAUGGCGCUGUUACUCACCGCGAUGGUGCACCAUGAAAGUGUUCACAUCAUUGAAGUCACCAGUAACCUCAUCAACGAGACUGUGUCCAACCAUCCGGAGUGGGCCAAUUGGCUCCCAGAGGCUCGUGUGGUGCAGAAGGCCCUGAACUCUGCUGCUACAAACGUUUACCAGCACGGACGAGAAUAUAUAACGCACAAACUUCGAAAGAUUUUAGAAGACAAAGUGAACAACACAGCGGUGAUCGAGAAGCAGGUGCUGGAGCUGUGGGACCGGCUUUACCACUCCUGGUUUGUCAAGAACGUGACUCACUCGGGCCGUCCCCGGGGCCCAAAGCACCUGCACCGGCAGAACAGCUGGCUGGUGGACCUCCUGGACUGGAAGGACGUGGCCUCUUUCCUCCAGGAGAACAUCGAGACUCUCCUCUCUAUCAUGGAGUCUCUUUGGAUCGUGAUGAGCAGAAACGUGGGCCUCCUCAUCUCCACCACCACCACCUUGCUGACCGUGUUGUUCCACAGCGGCACCGCACUGCUCAACUUUGCCCUGAGUCUGGUGAUCUUCUUGACGACGCUCUUCUAUCUUCUGAGCUCCAGUGGGGAGUAUUACAAACCGGUCAAAUGGGUGAUCAGCCUCACUCCUCUGUCUCAGCCCGGGCCCUCGUCCAACAUCAUUGGCCAGUCCGUGGAAGAAGCCAUCCGGGGAGUUUUCGACGCGUCUCUGAAGAUGGCCUGCUUCUACGGCCUCUACACGUGGCUCACUCACACCAUCUUUGGCAUCAACAUUGUGUUCAUUCCCUCGGCCCUGGCCGCCAUUCUGGGCGCGGUGCCGUUCCUGGGGACGUAUUGGGCGGCGGUGCCUGCCGUGUGCGACCUGUGGCUGGCUCAGGGGGAGGGGGUCAAGGCUGUGCUCCUCCUUGUCUUCCACCUGCUGCCCACAUACUUCGUGGACACCGCCAUCUACUCCGACAUCUCUGGGGGGGGCCACCCGUACCUGACCGGCCUGGCAGUGGCUGGAGGGGCCUACUAUCUGGGUCUGGAGGGAGCGAUCAUCGGCCCCAUCCUGCUCUGCAUCCUGGUGGUGGCGGCUAACAUCUACAGUGCCAUGCUGAUGAGCCCGUCCUCCACUGUGCCCACUCCAGUGCAGCCCAACUGGCCCAACCCCCCCAUGAGACUAUACGAAUCCACUCCAGUCACAAAGAAGCCCAGCGACUGA